AUGAAGCAUCGCAUGACGAGUCCAGUGUCAAAUUCUAAGACAGAGUCUCGAUACGGCCUGGAUCCUCAGCUUCUGCCCAGUGUGGUCCAGGUGAUUAAAGAGGACAGGAUCCAGUGGGAGGGGAAAGUGUUUGUUUCAGAAUGCAAAUCUUCAGUUCCCCCUCUCUCCUCAACACAAUGCACCCUGGAGGACAGAGGUAAUGCCACACCUCGUUUUAUCCGCUGCACGGCCUACAGCUUCCCUGUGGAGGCUCAGUCAGCUCAGAAGAGUCAUCUCCCGCUGGGUGCAAUCGUGUGUCCGCUGGCCAGGCCGGAAAAAGGAGAACGUGAUGUGCCAGUUUGUGAGGCGGGAGAUUGUGUUAAGGGCUGUGCACACUGCGGGGCCUUCAUGAGCCCUGCUAUGAGCUGGCAGGACUGCGGGCAAAGAUUCUACUGCCCUUUCUGUGACAAACUCAAUGAAGUGCCAUGGCAGUCCUAUCAGCCCACUAAUCAGGGUCGCCGUGUCGACUGCGAAAAAAAACCUGAGCUCAGUCUUGGCUCAUAUGAGAUCCUGGAAAAACAGACGGGUAAAGCUGCUGUGUUGCUGCUGGCGAUAGAUGUAUCUGCCAGUGCGAUGAGAACGGGGCAGCUAGACCACAUUUGUAAGCAGAUUUGUUCUCAACUGCAAGCUUUAAAUGGGCUUGAAGAAACUGACCGAUCAGAUCUUCGAGUGGGUCUGAUGACCUAUGACAGCCGGAUCCAUCUGUAUAACCUGAGUCCAGCUCUGUCCCGUCCUCACAUGAUGGUCAUCACUGACUGUGAGGAGCUGGAUGCAGCGUCUCCAGGCAAAUUAUUGAUCUUUCAUUCCUCGCCUGUUUCUGAAGGCUCAGAUCAGAAAAGCUCCUCUGGUUUCUUCAGCUCUAGCAAAGUGAAGUCCAUCUUCCAAGGACCAGAUUCUUCGAUCUCAUUGGCUAAAGAAUGUGUCAAUCAAGGCUGCAGCGUGCACAUUUUUGUGUUCUCCCAUCAUGAAGUAGGUGGGGCUUGGCCAGGGCACAUCCCCUUUCUCACAGGGGGUGGGGUCAUCUGCUAUAACAGUCUACAGUCGGAGAUGGAACAGGAACGCUUCCGAGCUGAUCUGAGCAGAUGUGUGGAUAUGCAGAUGGCCUUCAAAGUUCAGCUCAGAGUUUUUGUCAGUAAAGAGAUGCGCAUAUCUGGUUGCUAUGGCUCCUUCAUCGCCGGUCCUGACUCCUGCUGUGUUGCCAUGGCAGCGCUUGAUUGGCACACAGCUCUGGCAUUUGAGUUCACUCACAACAAGUCUUUAGAUGAAACGAGGGGUGUAGCCAUACAGUUUAUGCUGUCAUACAGUAGCUCCUCCGGAGAGAACAGGACACGCAUACACACCGUUAUUCUGUCCGCUUCCAGUCAACCGCUAGACACCUUUAGAAGCAGCCAGGCCGAGACGCUCCUCGCAUUCUACUGCAAGAAAUUGUAUUCAUUAGCACUGGAGAGUCCGCUGCAGUCCCUGCGUGAGGAGCUACAGACGGAGGUUACUGAGAUGUUGGCUUGCUUCCGGAAACAAAGCUGCACUACUUCUGUGUCCCCAGGACAGCUGGUGCUGCCUCAGUUUCUGAAAGCUGUACCUGUCUACAUUAACAGUCUGCGCAAAAGUGAAGUGCUGCUGCCUGGGCUGCGGAGCUCUGUGCAUCAGCGUCUACAACUGCGUAGCCUCAUUGUCUCCAUGGACACGCUGAGCACUGCUUCUCAGUUCUACCCACUUAUUCUGCCUCUGGUGAGAGACAGACAUCUAGAACAUUCUGUUCAUCCAAAUUAGUCACUGAAAUGAGACAGUUUCCUUCUCUGUAAGAAUUCAUAAUUCUCAGUUGGAUUGUUAUGGCAGAAUUUAGAGAUGCCACAUUCUUCACUACUCUAGCAAUAAAUGCAUCUACUGUACUCUCACUCUCUAUUUAUAGCAUUUUAUUUUUUUACUUAUUAUGUCAAGAUUUCUGGCACCAAAGACA